AUGCCCCCAAAUCCCGGGUUACCAGCUCCACAUCCCCAGGUUACCUGCCCCCAAUCCCGGGUUACCAGCUCCACAUCCCCAGGUUACCUGCCCCCAAAUCCCGGGUUACCAGCUCCACAUCCCCAGGUUACCUGCCCCCAAUCCCGGGUUACCAGCUCCACAUCCCCAGGUUACCUGCCCCCAAUCCCGGGUUACCAGCUCCACAUCCCCAGGUUACCUGCCCCAAUCCCGGGUUACCAGCUCCACAUCCCCAGGUUACCUGCCCCCAAUCCCGGGUUACCAGCUCCACAUCCCCAGGUUACCUGCCCCCAAUCCCGGGUUACCAGCUCCACAUCCCCAGGUUACCUGCCCCCAAUCCCGGGUUACCAGCUCCACAUCCCCAGGUUACCUGCCCCAAAUCCGGGUAAUCAGCAUCCCAGGUUGCCUGCCCCAAAAUCCCCAGGUUACCCAUCUCCCACAUCCCCAGGUUACCUGCCCCCAAUCCCGGGUUACCAGCUCCACAUCCCAGGUUACCUGCCCCCAAAUCCCGGGUUACCAGCUCCACAUCCCCAGGUUACCUGCCCCAAAUCCCGGGUUACCAGCUCCACAUCCCCAGGUUACCUGCCCCCAAAUCCCGGCAUCCCCAGGUUACCUGCCCCAAAUCCUGGGUUACCAGCUCCACAUCCCCAGGUUACCUGCCCCCAAAUCCCGGGUUACCAGCUCCACAUCCCCAGGUUACCUGCCCCCAAUCCCAGGUUACCAGCUCCACAUCCCCAGGUUACCUGCCCCCAAUCCCUGGUUACCAGCUCCACAUCCCCAGGUUACCUGCCCCAAAUCCCGGGUUACCAGCUCCACAUCCCCAGGUUACCUGCCCCCAAAUCCCGGGUUACCAGCUCCACAUCCCUAGGUUACCUGCCCCCCAAUCCCGGGUUACCAGCUCCACAUCCCCAGGUUACCUGCCCCCAAAUCCCGGGUUAUCAGCUCCACAUCCCCAGGUUACCUGCCCACAAAUCCCGGGUUACCAGCUCCACAUCCCCAGGUUACCUGCCCACAAAUCCCGGGUUACCAGCUCCACAUCCCCAGGUUACCUGCCCACAAAUCCCGGGUUACCAGCUCCACAUCCCCAGGUUACCGGCCUAA